AAUCUAGCCAAAGAUCUGGGUUUGGGACUAUCAGACAUUUUUGAUCGUAAACUGCGUGUCGCCUCUGAGGCUGGUAAGCAGUAUUUCAGUGUGGAUGCGGGGAAGGGCGAGCUGGUGGUGAAUGACAGAAUAGACAGAGAGGCUUUAUGUGGACAAAGCGCCAGUUGUGUGUUGCCUCUGCAGGUCGUCCUAGAGAAUCCUCUUAGUUUACAUCGGAUUGAGGUAGAAAUAAAAGAUAUCAAUGACAAUUCACCCAGUUUUCAUACAAAAGAACUGUCUUUGAAAAUUUCUGAAUCGGCAGCAGUGGGAACUCGUUUUCCCUUGGAGAGUGCAGAAGAUUCUGAUGUUGGCAGUAACUCAGUUAAAUCCUACAUGUUGACUAAAAACGACUGUUUUACAUUAAAAAUGAAGGAAGUUGAGGAUGGCAAAACAGUCCCCGAGUUAGUGUUAGAGAAGCCCCUUGAUCGAGAGAAGAAAGCAGUUCAACAGCUGCUACUGACUGCAUUAGACGGAGGAAACCCAGUCAUGUCUGGAACCUCACAGAUUACAAUCACAGUGCUUGAUGUAAAUGACAACUUUCCAGUUUUUGAUAAAAAUACAUAUAAAGUUUCGUUGGCGGAAAAUACUGCAAAAGAUACUUUUGUUAUCAAAAUUACAGCAACGGACGCUGACGAGGGUCCAAACGGAGAAGUGGAAUUCUCUUUUGGCUCGCGGACACCUGAUUCCGUUUUAUCCGUGUUUGAAAUAAAUUCAUUUACAGGGGAAAUACGUUUGAAAGGAGAUUUAGAUUAUGAAAGAGCCUCGUCUUACAAAAUCGAAAUAACUGCGAAAGACAAGGGUGUUCCUGAAAUGGAGAGUCACUGUCGUCUACAGAUAGAUGUUACUGAUGUUAAUGAUAACACUCCAGAAAUUGUUCUCACCUCUGAACCGCAGCCGGUGCGCGAAGAUUCACCAACUGGCACAGUUGUGGCUUUGCUCAACGCACGUGACGCUGACUCUGGUAAUAAUAGUAAAGUGACAUUAAGACUACCCAGAGGUUCUCCAUUCACUUUAAAACCAUCAUUUUCUAAUAAUUAUGCACUGGUUACAAGUGCUGCUUUGGACAGAGAGCGUUUCUCAGAGUAUAGUAUUGAGAUAACAGCCACUGAUUCAGGCUCUCCUCCUCUGUCCAGUAAGAAGGUUAUACCUGUCAGCAUCACUGAUGUGAAUGAUAACCCUCCUAUAUUCACUCAGCCCUCCUAUAAUGUAUAUUUAAAAGAGAACGGGGUGCCAGGCUCUAUACUGUACUCAGUAUCAGCAUCUGACCUGGAUUUUGGUGAAAACGCCAAAAUCUCUUACUCUAUACUGGACUCUAAAGUGCAGGACGUGUCUGUCUCAUCUUAUGUUUACAUUAACUCAGAUAACGGCAGCAUCUACAGCAUGCACUCGUUUGACUAUGAGAAACUCAAGGUGUUUCAGAUUCAGGUUCAGGCAAAGGAUCAGGGCUCUCCGUCUCUCAGCAGCAACGCCACUGUCCAUGUUUUUAUCCUGGACCAGAACGACAAUGCCCCCGCUGUUAUUUACCCCUCCUCCGCCAUGGGCUCCCUCUCUCAUCAGAGGAUGCCCCGCUCCGCUAAAGCGGGUCACCUGGUUACCAAGGUGACGGCCGUGGACGCUGACUCGGGCCAUAACGCCUGGAUCUCCUACAAAGUGGCGGAGGCCACAGACGCCUCUCUCUUCACUGUCAAUCUGUACACAGGGGAGGUGAGGACUAAACGCGCUGUGUCCGAGCAGGACGACUCCUCUCAGAGGCUGCUCAUAGAGAUCAAGGACGACGGGGAACCGGUCCAGUCCGCCACCGUCACGGUGUCCAUCCAGCUGGAGGACGGCCUCCAUGAGCCCAUCUUAGACCUCCGACAGAAAGCGGCCGAGCCCAGCAAGAAAACUGGCAGAAUCACCCUUUAUUUGAUUCUCUCUCUGGCCUCGGUGUCCGUGCUGUCUCUGGUGACUUUUCUCAUCUUAGCGGUCAAAUGCAUGAGGAACAGCAGAAGCAGCGGUACUUGCUGCAUGAGACGGAGCGACUGUGAUGAUUACAAGAACCCCAACAGAAACCUGCAGAUUCAGCUCAACACUGAUGGACCUAUAAAGUACGUGGAGGUCCUGGGAGGAGACAUGUUGUCUCAGAGUCAGUCUUUCAGGUCCUGUAUGUCUCCAAUGUCAGAGUACAGUGAUUUCACUUUGAUAAAGCCCAGCAGCACCACUGACUUUAAGGAGGUCAUCAGUGUCCUGGAUGCGUCUUUGCCCGACAGCACCUGGACCUUUGAGAGCCAGCAGGUGAGCUGUGUGUAG